AUGUUACCAACCCCCACCCCACAUGUUACCAAGCAACCACCCCACAUGUUACCAAGCAACCACCCCACAUGUUACCAAGCCCCCACCCCACAUGUUACCAAGCCCCCACCCCACAUGUUACCAAGCAACCACCCCACAUGUUACCAAGCCCCCACCCCACCUGUUACCAAGCCCCCACCCCACAUGUUACCAAGCAACCACCCCACCUGUUACCAACCCCCUCCACCCCCCCCCCCCCACCCCACCUGUUACCAACCCCCCCACCCCGCCUGUUACCAACCCCCCCACCCGCCUGUUGCCAACCCCCCCACCCCGCCUGUUGUCAACCCCCCCACCCCGCCUGUUACCAAGCCCCCACCCCACCUGUUACCAAGCAACCACCCCACCUGUUACCAACCCCCCCAUCCCCCCCACCCCGCCUGUUACCAACCCCCCCACCCUGCCUGUUACCAACCCCCCCACCCCCACCCCGCCUGUUACCAACCCCCCCACCCGCCUGUUGCCAACCCCCCCACCCCGCCUGUUGUCAACCCCCCCACCGUGCCUGUUACCAACCCCCCCACCCCGCCUGUUACCAACCCCCCCACCCCGCCUGUUACCAACCCCCCCACCCCGCCUCUUACCAACCCCCCACCCCGCCUGUUGUCAACCACCCCAAACCCCCAACCCGCCUGUUGUCAACCACCCCAAACCCCCAACCCGCCUGUUGUCAACCACCCCAAACCCCCAACCACCCCAAACCCCCAACCCGCCUGUUGUCAACCCCCCCACCGUGCCUGUUACCAACCCCCCCACCCCGCCUGUUACCAACCCCCCCACCCCGCCUGUUACCAACCCCCCCACCCCGCCUCUUACCAACUCCCCACCCCGCCUGUUGUCAACCACCCCAAACCCCCAACCCGCCUGUUGUCAACCACCCCAAACCCCCAACCCGCCUGUUGUCAACCACCCCAAACCCCCAACCACCCCAAACCCCCAACCCGCCUGUUGUCAACCACCCCAAACCCCCAACCACCCCAAACCCCCAACCCGCCUGUUGUCAACCACCCCAAACCCCCAACCCGCCUGUUGCCAACCACCCCAAACCCCCAACCACCCCAAACCCCCAACCCGCCUGUUGUCAACCACCCCAAACCCCCAACCACCCCAAACCCCCAACCCGCCUGUUGUCAACCACCCCAAACCCCCAACCCGCCUGUUGUCAACCACCCCACCCCCCCAACCACCCCACUCCCCCAACCCGCCUGUUGUCAACCACCCAAACCCCCAACCUGCCUGUUGUCAACCACCCCAAACCCCCAACCCGCCUGUUGUCAACCCCCCCACCCCCCCAACCCGCCUGUUGUCAACCACCCCACCCCCCCAACCCGCCUGUUGUCAACCACCCCACCCCCCCAACCCGCCUGUUGUCAACCACCCCACCCCCCCAACCACCCCACUCCCCCAACCCGCCUGUUGUCAACCACCCCACUCCUCCCAACCCGCCUGUUGUCAACCACCCCACUCCCCCCACCCCGCAUGCACAUCACCGAGAACCUGGUCCAAUCACAUCGACACUGUGAUGAAUAA